GGGCUGGCCGGGCUUCCAGGCCGGGGCUCUAGCCGCCCGCGCCGCCCGGGCCGCUCCGGGGACGGGCCGGGGCGGGGCGCGGUCGCAGGAAGCCAGGCGGGGACUCGCGGAGGCGUUGGGGAGCGAGGGAGGGCGCGGCCAACUCCCGGAGGGACGGCGGGCCGAAAGAGCGGCGCCGGGGCCUGGCGCGCAGCCUGAGAUCGCCGGACCGCAGGCCGUCCCACCACGGGCUCUGUCCCGGCCCCAGCCCCCCGCCAGCAUGGCCGGCCGGACCGUGCGGGCCGAGACCCGGAGCCGGGCCAAAGAUGACAUCAAGAAGGUGAUGGCGACCAUCGAGAAGGUCCGGAGAUGGGAGAAGCGCUGGGUGACUGUGGGUGACACUUCCCUUCGAAUCUUCAAGUGGGUGCCUGUGGUGGAUCCCCAGGAGGAGGAGAGGCGGCGGGCAGGAGGCGGGGCAGAGAGAUCCCGAGGCCGGGAGAGACGCGGCAGGGGCACCAGUCCCAGAGGGGGUGGCCCCCUCAUCCUGCUGGAUCUCAAUGAUGAGAGCAGCAACCAGAGUUUCCACUCAGAAGGUUCACUGCAAAAGGGCACUGAGCCCAGCCCUGGGGGGACUCCCCAGCCCAGCCGCCCUGGAUCGCCUACUGGACCCCCAGAAGCGGUUUCGGAGGAUACUCAGCCUCCACAGCUGGGCCAAGAGAGAGACCCAGGGGGCACACCCGCAGGCGGUACUGAGGACCCCCCGAAGCUGACCAAGGAGGAACCUGUUCCAGAAUUGCUGGAAGCUGAGGAUUCUGGAGUGAGAAUGACAAGGAGAGCCCUCCAAGAGAAAGGCUUGAAAACAGAGCCCCUCAGGAGGCUUCUUCCCAGGAGAGGCCUCCGGACAAAUGCUCGCUCUACUUCCUCGGUGCCAGACACCAGAGCUCCGGGAGGUGGGAGCAAGGCCCAGAGGGCACCCAGGACGAUACCACAGGGGAAGGGGAGGUGAGCGGGCCCAUCCCACAAGGUGAGGCCCUUAGGUCUUCUUUAGCUGCCCCAAGAUCCAGUCACCUACUCGCACCACGUAAGGGUGGAGAGAGCUUCGGAGCUGGACGCCUACUGCGUGUACUUGGAGGUAGGCGGCCAGCUCUCCACUUGUCCCUGACCCUAAAUCAUGGAUCCAUCUUGCUUGUUGUGGGUCCAAAACUGUGGUGCUUGGGGCAGGUCACAGACAAGGAGCGUCUGAGGACGCUGCUGGGUGAUGCCUAGAAGCAACUUGAAUAUACGAAAGAACGGAUGCCGGGCCGACUUGGCCACCUCUUCCUGCACCAGGGCAGCUACUCACCAAAGGCCAGGCAUGGCCCCCAGGGAGGCACCUUCGACCUUCGGAACCACAGGAUCUACCCUGGUGAGCAGUGAGCAGUGUCUGAAGCAUCGGGCAACAGGUGCUAGGUGCUCCCUUGCGGAGUCUGUGAUUGGUGUCAUAAUUCAUGCUUGUGUAGGAGUAUGCCCGUGUGUAGAGAUACCACUCCAACAAACACCUGAGCUACCCUCCCUCCACAGGCCUCUGGACACUAGGCCUGCCAAUUAACCUUUGGCUGGAGAAGACACAUGCCAACCUUGCCUGUCAAGCGAGGGGCACACAUGGUCUAAUGACCUUUCAGAUCAGGCUCUGCCUCCUGCUGUAGGACCCAAGUCCAGGAAUGGAUGGAGACUUGUGGUCCAGUCCCAAGCCUGGAAACUACCCAUUUGAGUGGUUCCAAGGGCUUUCAUCAACCUCUUGCCUCCUGACUUAACGGUGUGCUGGGCCUGCCAUGCCGGGAAAUGUCUCCCACUUUUGAGGGCUUACUAACUACAUACUGCAAUUUUGUGGGAGUUGUUUAAUACACCAUUCCUGUGUCAUAGAUCCUGUUACUUUUACAUUUUACAGAUAUGGAAACUAAAUAGCCAAGCGGUUGAAGAGCUUACCCUAAGUCAUGCAGCCUGCCUGUGGCAGAACCAGCUACCUGCCUGACCCCACAGUUCCUGCUAGUAUACCACUUCUUGUGCUGGGCAUGCUGCUGGGGCUGAAGCUGUGACUUGUUAAAGCAUUCAUUUAAGGAACAUCCAUUUUUCUCAGUGGAAAACUAUAUAGGACUUUAAAAUUUUUUAAUAUUUUUUAUUUAUUUAUUUUUUGUCUCACUAUGCAGCCUUUGCUGGCCUGGAACUCACUUGCCCAGGCUGGCCUCGAACUCACAGAGAUCCGCCUGCCUCUGCCUCCCGAGUGCUGGGGUUAAAGGUGUGCCAUCACCACCACCCAGCUCAGGACAUUUUUUUCUAAUAUAAUAAAAUGAGCAGAUGCUCUGUGGGAGGAAAGUGAACUUUGUGUCCAUAACGGAGAUGACGUUGAAGUUCUGUUGUAAGGCUAGUAAUUCCAGCUCGGCCCCUGGAUCCCUGAGUGACCUCUCUAGAAUGCUACUGAUGCAGGAAGAGUAUUCCAGGCCCACAUGCUAUCCUCUUGAGUGACUGAAGAGCUUCAAGUGACAAAGGUUAUUAAUUAAGACUUCUGAAUUUCCAGUGGGGCAGAAGUUUUCAAAUUUCCAACAGAUACUAAUUUUCAGGAUUUGAAAAUGAAAAAUAGGAGUUCUAGGGAGGUCUAGAAAAUCAUGCUUUAUAUUUUUCAUAACUCUGUGUACUUUAAAAACUAAGAAACUCAUUUAGUAGUAGUUUAAAAGAGCUUGUGGACGAUAGCGGUGCUUGACUUUAAUCCCGGCACUUGGGGCAGAGGCAGGAGGAUCUCUGUGAGUUCUAGGACAGUCAAGGCUACACAUAGAAACCCUGUCUCAAAAAACAAAAACAAACAGAAAGAACUCUAAGCCUUAAAUACUCAAAAGGUAGAAACCGCCAGUGUGUGUCACUGGGUAGUAUUUGAAUAACAAAAUGUUUACAGAUACAAUUCGAUUUAUAGUACUCCACAAUCAUGAGUUGAAAUUGCUGAUGUAAAAACUAGGUUACAAAUAUAUAAUUUCUCCAAACAUCCUGGGAUUUCUAUAAAAUAUACUAUGCAUGAGGCACAUUCAUGUUUAUCUUAUUUGUAAGAAUCACUCAACAGGAGAAGGAGCACCAAUGCAUUUUAAUGUCGGGGACCACAGGAGAGCGAGUGGACUGGACCGUGACACUCCCUUCCAGUUACGGGCUCCCAAAUCCCAAGGGUAGCUACCUUGACUUGCUGUUAGUUUUCCGGUCCCUGCUCUGUGAGCUGACACAGUGGCUCCUCCGAGCCAGGACUCUGCUCUUGAACCUCAGUUAUUAGAGGGCCGUUAGUUAGGUAUGUUCCCUCUUUUCCCAGUUUAUUUCCUGAUUGUUUUUGAGAUUAAAACAAAACCCCUCAGGUUUCCCAGUGAGCGUCAUCAAGGAUUUUGAAUAGAAACACCCCUGUGGGCUGAGCAGGAAUGAUGUAUGCGAGUGCUUAUGAAGCCCAGGCAUCGGAACUGUGUGGAGUCGAACGCUCCAGCUCUGCCCAUGCCUGCCUGUGAGGCCUUGGCUGAACCUCUUACCUCUUUGAGCUUCAAUUUAGUGGGUAGAAUCAUAUCUAGGAAGCAAUAUUGUUGCUUCAUAAGGUAAUAUUGUAGAAAGGUUACCAGCACGGCUUUGGAGUCAGGCAGGCUGCGGUUCAGAUCCUAGCUUCAUGAUUUCCUACCUCUUUGAUUUGGGGCAAGUUCUAACCACUGGAUUUUUCUCUUCUGUAAAAUAGGGACCCGGGAUCUAUUUCACAGGGCUUUGGUAAGUUUAAGUGAGAUCACAUAUGAACUGCUUUACUCAGAGCAGGGUACACUGUACAUGCUUGAUCCAUGUGGGCCAGUAUAGUCGUUAUUACCCACUGUAUCUACCUCACAGGGCCAGUUGUGAGGGUGAAGGGUGGAGGAGAAGGCUGCGGGUACUUACUAAGCUGUGAAGUGCUAUUAACUUGCCAGUCUUUCCUCUGGAGACGGGAGAUAGGAAGUUACCAUCAGACAUUAAUAGAAUGCCCAGGAAGAGGGACUGGUAUGCUUCUGGCCAUGCAGUGUGGCUAGGCUUAAGGGGUGGUGCCACUAUGGGUAAGUGGAGAACUGGGUGCAGCAUGCCCUCACGUGAGGGUUACUGCAGUCAAGUGGGGACAUUCAAUGCGUAUGACUUUUACCCUUGGGAACAGGGAGAAAACAGGUUCGGUUUUAAGGAUGCUAGCAGAGGGAAAUAGAGUGUUUGCCUAGCGUGAGCAAGGGCCAUGGGUUUCAUAUCUAGCACCUCAGGAAAACACAAACAAAAUACCCUCUUCUUGGUUAAAGGUUUUGGAUAAAGAACAGUGCUAAAUGGAUGUAUCCACAGUGUUUUUAAGUAGGACUGGAAUUGCAGGAAGGACCAUGUGAGAAAGUGCUGAGAGGUGAUUGGAGUGCACAUUUAGGAAAUGUUUCCACGGGCUGGAAGCCAUGCACCCUCCUACCAUGAGUGCACAUGUCAUUGGGCAGAGUGCCGUUCUGAGGGCCCUCCAAAGACGACAUCACGCGAUCCUGCCCUCCCAAGACGAUGUCACAUGAUCCUGGCCAUAGCCCCACAAAGUAAACCCUCAGAUCAGAGCUGGGAGUCUGGGAAAGUUAAGUCCAAUGCCCAUGCUCGCACAGGUUCUGUCUGCACAGGAUCCAAGCCUUUCUCCUGCACUGAGCUCCUCCACCCUCAGCAUCAGACUGCUGAUCCUGAACAAGGAUGGAGUGCGGAAGAGUAAGGUCCCUCCCCUCGGUCCCUCCCCUCCUGGCUUCAGCAGCAACUCUUGCUCCUGAUCUCACUCCUCCAUCUCCAGACUUGGCUUCCCUAUUCAUUCCUUAUUCAGGGUCUUCUGGGCACCAUCCUUAGACUUCCUCUAACCCAGGGAAGGAGCUCUCAUUCUAACCAGACUGCCUCUCCGAACUGAGCUCCUUGCCUGUUUGGUGUCUAGGUUCCCAGCUCAUUCAGCAGCAUUCCCUCAAUGCGUCUCUGCUGAGUUCCCAUUCCUAACCACGGCCCUUCAGUUUCAAACUGAUGUGGCAAGUGGGCAGUCUAGGGCUCCUUUACAGUCAGUGCCUCUUGGGUAAACUCUUGGGACUAAAGGUUAACUGCAGGCUGUGUUUUCUGAGAGUUGCCAACCGGUUGGAGAUGAACUUAGAGAGUGGGAUUCACCUUCUCCCCAGCCAGCUGGUCACUGAGGGCCCAGUGCUUGCCAGAUUCAGUAACCGGAGCAGGUGACACAUUCAUGAGCAGAACAGACCCAAGCCCUGGCUUCAGGAAGCCUCCGGGCAACUAGGGAAGAUAGACUGGCAUUCAGUUCUCCCUGAAUACCAACUCUUAGCCUGGUGUGGUGGCACAUACCUGUAAUGCCAGCCCUUGGGAGGUGGAGUAGGAGGAUCAGGAGUUCAAGGUUAUGUUUGGCUACUUAUCAAAUUAGAGGCCAACCUGGGCUACAUAAGACCCUGUCUCCAAAACAAACAAAAUACACACUAUGAAACUGUGACAAAUACUGUGAAGAAAAAGUUGAGAGUUCUGUGAAAGAACAUAGUGAAUAAGUUAAGACAAUGACAGUAUGGGCCCACAGCAUGGAGAAGAGAAUUCUGUGGAAAGGCAAUAACAGACCCUCAAAGGGAGAAAGCGCUUGCUGUGUUGGGGAGUGGCAAUGCAGUCCGUGUCGCCGCCGGACCGACCCUGCCGGCUUCUGGGUGGGGAUGGUGUCAUAGACCUUGCAGACCAUUUUGGUGUUUAGCUUUUGAUUUGGAAACAGUUUUGAAGUUACAGAAAAGUUAUGAGGAUGACACAAAAGAUGUCUGCAUACUUUGACUGCACACUCCCCAUUGUAAACGUCUCGUUCCGCCUGACCUAUUGCCGGUGUCCACCUGUAAUGUGUCCUCACAUCUUGUAGUCUGAACUCUGAGAAGAAGUCGUGUACAUCAUGUCUGUCUACACUGAAAAUACAGCGGCCGUGUCCUGCAGCAGUGCUGUCCUCGCUUCACUGAACGUCGUAUCUCUGAGCAGACGCGGCGUCUCAAGGUCUCCCUGUCUGUCACUGGCUGUGUCUAAUCACCUUCAGCAGCUCUUCCCCUUAGGACAGAAUCAAGUCUACGAAUGAUGUGGCGCACACGUGGUGGUUUCUUGCUUGUAUCUUUUAUUGUGGCAUAGACUUUCUUUCCUUUGUUCGAAUAGACAGUUUCUCCUUUUGGGUC